GCAACCGAGCAUCAGGAGACGACCUUUCGACUUCGAGACCUGCUGCUGAAGGCCUUCCGCAUCAAGGACCUUGUCUGCUUCAGCACUGUCUCGACCGAUGGACCCGAUGCAACAUGCACACGAGCAGCAUCUUCGUCGACCAGGUAGGCUCUGCAGUUUCGAUACGUAGAGGGUUCGACGUGGCAGAGUGCAAGGGUGCCGCAACCCCUGCCUCAAAUAUGCAGGCGGAUGUGGACCUUGACAAGAUGAUCAAGACCACGCAUUUCAACCCUGCAGUCAUCGGGUCUUUGCCCUACCUCGCACUCUGACAGGCCAGUGCGGAGGCGA